GUGUUUGCAGCGUAAAGAGGCGGUGAACUACAGGAGUUGCCUCCGCUCUUUCGUGCCAACUUUGAUGGCACGCUUGGCCCCUCUGAGAGGAAGAGCUGCUGUAAUUGGUUUCUCAAUGAAAAAUCAUCUUUGGGCUCCCCGGAGACUCGGUGGAGACCGUGGCGCAGCGCUGCUCCAUCAGCCGCCCGCUCUUUGGCUCUAAGCGCCCCGCUUUGCUCUUUUCUGCCCAAAUAAACACGCGAAGGAGACUUCAAAACGGAGCAUCAUCACACUAGUGGAAGAUUUGUGGCCGUUUUUCUCCCGUAAACCUGCGUGAGCGCUGGGAGUGUAUACGCGCUCGGUCACGUCUCAGGAAUAUAUAUAAAAAAAAGUUCAACGCAGUUUUCAACAUGAGUGACCUGGAGGACGACUUUGCGAAGAUACUGCGACUCAAGGAGGAAAGGAUAAAGGAGUUAGAGAGGCGGCUUGCGGACCGAGAGGGCGAAAUUCACGAACUGAAGAGAAAAUUGCACAAAUGCCAGUCCGUUUUGCCCAGCGCGCAACUUCUGGGCCCCAGGACGCGCAGGGCGCAGGGCAUCUCCGCGGAGCCGCAGCCGCACCAGGACCUGUCCAGGCAGCCGCUCCGGAGGUUCCCCAAGUCCGACUGGUCCAAGGAUCUCAUCAAAGAGGCCAUCUUGGACAAUGACUUCAUGAAGAACCUGGAGCUCUCACAGAUCCAAGAGAUCGUGGACUGCAUGUACCCUGUGGAGUAUGGAAAGGACAGCUGUAUCAUUAAGGAGGGCGAUGUGGGCUCGCUGGUCUACGUCAUGGAAGAUGGAAAGGUGGAGGUGACGAAGGAGAGCCUCAAGCUCUGCACCAUGGGGCCAGGAAAGGUGUUUGGAGAGCUGGCUAUCCUCUACAACUGCACCAGGACUGCUACUGUCAAGACUCUAACAAACGUGAAGCUCUGGGCCAUUGACCGACAAUGUUUUCAGACGAUCAUGAUGAGGACGGGUCUCAUUAAGCACACGGAGUACAUGGAGUUUCUGAAAAGUGUUCCCACAUUCCACGGCCUACAGGAAGACAUCCAGAGCAAGCUGGCUGAUGUCCUCGAGGAGACACAUUAUGAAGAUGGAGAGUACAUCAUCAGACAAGGGGCCAGAGGAGACACCUUCUUCAUUAUCAGUAAGGGAAAGGUUAAUGUGACCAGGGAGGACUUGCCCAAUGGCGAGCCUGUGUACCUGCGCACCCUCGGAAAGGGAGACUGGUUCGGAGAGAAAGCCCUGCAAGGGGAGGACAUCAGGACAGCCAGCGUCAUUGCAGCAGAAGCAGUCACCUGUCUCGUCAUUGAUCGAGAUUCCUUUAAGCACCUGAUUGGAGGUUUGGAGGAUGUAUCCACUAAAGGCCAUGAGGAUGCUGAUGCCAAAGCAAAGUAUGAAGCGGAGAAUGCGUUUUUCUUCAGUCUCAACCUGGCUGACUUCAACAUCAUUGACACUCUUGGAGUCGGUGGCUUUGGACGUGUUGAGUUGGUUCAGCUCAAGAGUGAUGAGAACAAGACCUUUGCCAUGAAGAUCCUGAAGAAGCGGCACAUUGUUGACACAAGACAGCAGGAGCACAUUCGUUCAGAGAAGCUCAUCAUGCAAGAGGCCCACUCUGACUUUAUUGUUAGACUAUAUAGAACCUUCAAAGACAGCAAGUACCUCUACAUGUUGAUGGAAGCGUGUUUAGGAGGAGAACUGUGGACCAUCCUCCGAGACCGGGGAUCUUUCGAGGAUUCAACCACCAGGUUUUACACAGCCUGUGUCGUGGAGGCGUUUGCUUACCUGCAUUCCAAAGGCAUCAUCUACAGAGACUUGAAACCAGAGAAUCUUAUCUUGGACCACAGGGGUUAUGCAAAACUGGUGGACUUUGGCUUUGCCAAAAAAAUCGGGUUUGGGAAGAAAACGUGGACCUUCUGUGGGACACCAGAGUAUGUAGCACCGGAGAUCAUUCUGAACAAGGGCCAUGACAUUUCAGCCGACUACUGGUCUCUGGGAAUCCUCAUGUUCGAGCUCUUAACUGGCAGUCCUCCAUUCUCUGGUCCUGAUCCGAUGAAAACCUACAACAUAAUCCUGAGAGGCAUUGACAUGAUUGAAUUUCCAAAGAAAAUUACCAAAAAUGCUGCCAACCUAAUCAAGAAGCUAUGCAGGGAUAACCCUUGUGAAAGAUUAGGGAACUUGAAAAAUGGAGUCAAAGACAUCCAAAAGCACAAAUGGUUUGAGGGCUUUAAUUGGGAGGGCUUGAAGAAGGGGACACUGACGCCUCCUAUUAUCCCUAAUGUCACAUCAGCAGUUGACACAAGUAACUUCGACAGCUUUCCAGAAGACAACGAGGACCCACCUCCCGACGACAACUCUGGCUGGGACGUUGACUUUUGAAGGCCUCCUUUCCACUUAAAACCAAAAGAAACUAUUCUUUUGUUUGCUUUUGAUGGGUGGAGGCCGUCUUAGAAGACAUGGCGGGUUGUUAAAAACAAACAAAAAACUGCAUUUUAAAAGAAAUAAUGAAAGAGAAGGAAUCGAAAAGAAGACGGAUGGAUGGGAAACCUUCUGGGUCACCGAUAUGCCUUUAUUUCACUGUGGCUCUGGAAAAAGCAUUUACAAUGGGACUGCUGUAGCACUUCUUCGGUGUCAAGUUUUAAAAGGCAAUGAAAGCGCAGGGAUACAAACACACACGCAAACACACAACAGAGGCUGAUAGCGGAGCCAGAUGUUUAAUGGAUGUAUGAUUGUUUGUCUACGUUUUUGUUCCGGGAUACAUCUUUGUGAAAAGGUAGAGGGAUGCUCCGAAAAGAGAGGCAAAAACGGCUGACUUUCUUACCUAGACUUGUUUCUCUGCAGUGUUUGCUGAGAUAUCUCAUGGACUUUGAGAGAGAAUAUGACGCCGCUGCAGUUUUUGCCUGGUCUUCAACUUGCAGCUGCUCUCUGUAGUCUAUGAUAACGUCCGGAGAUCUACACACUAUAGUUUGCUGGUAUCAAGUGCUCAAGACUAAACUGAAUGUCUCUGAUGUUUCUCCUUAUUUAACAUACCUAUAUGGCUUACAGUAUGUAUGACACAUGCAUACCUUUGAAUUUAUGAGUUAUAUUGUCACACAUGAACACAACUGGGACGACAUCCAAUACUUAGCACAAUUUAUUUGAGAUGAAUCUACCUUGAAAAGCACAAACACUGUGCAUUCAGUGAGAAGAGACGUGAAUCAUUAAGUGCCCUGCUAAAAGUUUGAUGAAUAAAACACCUGCGCAGAUGACAUUUCAGCUAGUAUCUCCAUGAAGCUAUAUGUUAUUAUGCACUUAAGACCAUAACAGAUAAAGUUAGCAGUUAUAACGCAUCUUAAACUUUAGUAAAAGUCAC